AUGGACAAGUCCAGCUCGCUUUCAACACGCAAGAACAGUCUGUUGGACAAUAUGGUGGACAGGCCCAUCAGUAUAUACAUGGACAGCCUCCCAGUGCACCGAUUGGUGGACAGGCUCCUCAAGGAGGCUAUGUUGGACAAAAGCCAACUCAGUACUAUCCUUCUUCGCCAUUCAAUCAUCCCUAGAGCUCCACUGGCGAUCCACACUGAUGAGGUACGAGACAUGACGGACUCUGGGGUUUGGAUUCACUACUUCUACGUGGCCAUCGCCUGGGCCGAGUGGGCCGAUGUGUCGUGGUAUUUCGAUCCAUUUCGGUUCAUUGCCAACGCACUACGGUGCGACAAGGUGAUCUUGGAUGUCGCCGAGCUAUGCUUGAGAAUACUAGAUCGCGACCUUGUCCUCAACGAGAUACGUAACGCGGGCGACAUCAAGAGCCUCGUAGAGGGCACUUCACCCCUGGCGACGUGCAAGGUACUCCAGGAACCUCUUUUCGGCUUUGUCCCUGGAAGAAACAUCGGACCAGUCCAUGAUGAUCCUGAGCACACCAUCGAUAUGGACAUUAGUCCGCAACAACAGUUGGCUUUUGUAUUCUUCGCUUUCUUUGAGGAUAUACACCGAAUCCGUAACCGUGUACAGAAUAUCUGGGUCCGCGAGCGCCAGGGCAAAAUCGACAUUGUGUCAGCCUCUCUACAGACUUCGCUAGCCAUCGAUAUGGUCGCAAGCCAAGAAAAGGAAAUCCACGAGCUGUAUAAGGCGCAUUAUACAGGUUCGGGGGACACUUACGAGGAUCUCGUCAGCAAGGCAAGGGCGAAAGCGAAGGCUGAGAGACUCGCUCUCACCCCACUGCAGAGUAUGACUCUUCUCGAAGGGCAUCUUGCUAUCGCUUUCAUACCUCUUCGCCUGGAAUACUUCGAACUGAUGCGCCAAUAUGACCGCGUUAUCGAAGCAGUAUUACCGGCGUCUGCAAAGGCAUAUGGGCGGAGCAAAGGUUCUCCACCACGUCAUAGGGGUCUUUGA